AUGGCUGAAGCGAUACAACUUAUAAAACAGUUUAUUGUGUUGAUAAUAUUUCUCGAUUGCGUUCUUCAAACUAUGACAACCUCAGCAGCACAGUUUUCCCAUCACUUUAUGGUUGAGGAAGAUUCUUUCGAGAGGCUUUGCAUAUCAAAGAAUAUUCUCACCGUCAACAAGCAAUUCCCCGGACCAACGAUAUACGCUCAAGGGGGAGAAACCGUGGCCGUAGAUGUUGAGAAUAAAGGCAAAAACAACAUGACCAUUUCAUGCCAGUGGUGGAAACGAGAUGUUCAUGAGAUUGUAUCGGAAUAUACUGCCUCUGAUGGCAAGCUUCCUAAUUCGGAUGCUUUCCCUAUUAACGGUCAGCCAGGAGAUCUUUAUCCUUGCUCAAAUAAUGAAACUUUCAAGAUAGAAGUUGAGCCAGGGAACAGUUAUCUACUGCGACUAAUAAAUGCUGCAGUGGGCAAAACUCUGGUCUUUGGGAUUGCAAAUCACAAGCUAACGAAAGUUGGAAUAAAUGGAUGGCAUACAAAGCCAAUGAGUUCAAUGGUGGACUAUGUAGGGAUAAAGACACAACAUUCAAUCGAUUGCAUUUUGGAGGCCAACCAAAAGCCGGACCACUAUUACAUGGCUGCUAGAGAAUAUUCCAGUUAUAUUAACAUGGAAUAUGAUCAUAACACGACGACCACAGCUAUCGUUAAAUACAAAGGAAAAUAUGUACCUUCGUCACCUACUUCACUACCUUAUCUUCCAUCGACAUACUCCGGCGAACCUACUAUUAGUCAUACCAGGACAAACACAUGUCUUAUUUUUAUGUACUAA